AACAGGACACACACAUACUGAGGGGGGAGACCACAUAUUAACUGCAGGGAGGAAUCAGAUUGUGCUGGAGAUUAUUGGAGAAGCAGCAAAUCAGCCUCCAUCUCGUCACUAUGAGGUUUGAGGAAAUCCUGGAUGAUAUUGGAGGCUUCAGUAAGUUUCAGUUUCUCCUCCUGAGCAUCCUGUGUUUGCCCCGCGCCAUCCUUCCCCUCCACUUCCUACUGCACAACUUCAUCUCUGCCACCCCUCCUCACCGCUGCUCCCUCGGGAGCCCAGAGGACAGGAAUGGAAGCAGCUGGGAGACCGACCCCGGGGUGCUGGCCCUCAGGAUCCCCCAGGAGGAGGACGGCUCCUUCAGCUCCUGCAGGGCCUUUGAGCUGCCGCUGAGCAGCAACCUGAGCCGAGCAAACGGCACUGUGCCGUGCCAACACGGCUGGAUCUUCGAUCAGACAGAAUUAAGCUCCACCACUUCCUCUGAGUGGGAUCUAGUGUGUAAUGAAAAAAAUCUGAAUCAAGCGCUCGCCACCUACUUCUUCCUCGGGGUCACGUUCGGAGCCAUUGUGUUUGGACAACUUUCAGACAAAUUUGGACGUAAGUCGAUGAUUCUGGUGGCUUUUAUUUCCUCCACCUUGCUUGGAGCCACCUCAGCCUUCUCCACCUCUUACGUCAUGUUUGCCGUCUCCAGAGCCCUCUGUGGCAUGGCCCUCAGUGGGAUGUCCAUCAUUAGUGUCGUUCUGGGUAUCGAGUGGACUGACAUAAAGCAUCGGACGUUCACCACCAUCAUCACUGGUCUGUCAUGGAGUGUAGGGAACAUGCUUCUGGCCCUUUUGGCCUUCUUCAUACGAGACUGGAGGCAUCUAACAUUGGUGGUGACGGCCCCCAUCGUUCUCACCAUCAUCUCCUGGUGGUGGCUGCCUGAAUCAGCGCGCUGGCUGCUGACUCAUGGCAGAACCGAGGAAGCAAAGAAGUAUCUGGUUCAGUGUGCCAAAAUGAAUGGGAGGAAAGAGGACACCGCCAAACUGGAUACAGAGACUUUGGCCAAAAUAACCGUGUCAGAAGUUGCUAAAAAGAAGCACACGUACCUGGAUUUGGUAAAAACUCCUCAACUGAGGAAGAUCACUCUCUGCUCCGGGUUUUUCUGGUUUGCAGUCGCCUUCCUUUACUACGGGAUCAGUUUUAGGAUCUCGGGUUUUGGUGUGAACAUCUACCUCACCCAGUUCAUCUACGGAGCAGUUGAAGUUCCCGCCAAAAUCCUGGCUUUCUUUCUUGUUGAUUGGAUAGGCCGGCGUAACGGCCAGGCAUUGUUUCUGAUCUCAACAGGUGUUCUGAUUGGAAUUAACACAGCAGUACCUCUAGAUUACACAGUUGUUCGUACAGUUGUUGCCGUGGUGGCAAAAGGUUUCUCUGAGGGGGCAUUCACCACUGCGUUCCUCUACUCAGCUGAGCUCUACCCAACUGUCCUCAGGCAGUGUGGAAUAGGCUACACCUCAUGUCUCUGUCGGAUUGGAAGCUCGCUGGCUCCUAUGGUGAUGCUGCUGGAGGACGUUUGGCUUCUUCUGCCGCCGCUCAUUUUUGCUGGGACCGGGAUCUUUAGCGGCAGCCUGGUCUUCCUGCUUCCGGAGACUCUGAAUGCCCACCUCCCUGAAAACAUCUUGGAUGUUGAAGAAGGAAGACACAUGCAGAGUGAUGCAGAUAAAGCCGCACCGAUCGAGCUGAAGCAAAUAAACCACAAUAAUACAGAAGCAUCAAAGGGGAACUGAUGCAGGUUGGGAUCACAUCACCAUGAUGGUCAUGGAAAGUUAAGAGAAAACUGCAGCCUUUGGGAAAUAUUCAGGUGCUUUUGAAUUUCAAUGUAAACUUAGACCGACGUCAAGAUCGCUGCUUUGGAAAACUUUUUACCUGAGGAAUACUUUUCAAAGUAUCAGAAGGAGGUGGGAACUUACAUAAGCAUUUUUUAAAUCUAUUUCACUUAAAACGACUUUUACAUUUUUAAUAUAUUUCUUGAAAACUAUGUACAGUAGGGCAGAACAGUAUUUGGUGAGCCACCAAUUGUGCAAGCUCUCUAACUAAUUAAUUAUAGGUAAACCUCAACUGCGAGACAAAAUGAAAA